CUGUAGUCUGUAGGAGAGGCCCUCUUUUUACCGACCCAUGCAUGUGCCAAUGCUGCCUCUCAUUGGGUAACUACGUAACUUUAUCACCCGUUGGUAAAGAAAAUGAUUUAUAUUGCGUCGUGAGUCCAACGAACGCCUCAUUUUGCUCCUGGAUCAUACACUGUAGACGUUGGAGGAGGUCAUUGGUAAUGAUAUUUAAGCCGUUUCACAAUCCGUUUUCACAGAAAGGAUCGAAAUGAUCGAUUAGCUUAGAGGGAGGUCAGCUUCAAAUCUUUGAAUUGAAACCAAUUCUUGCGCUCCGAAGAACUACGAAUUGUGCAGCAUUUUUCGUUUUUUAGGGUUUGGUUCAUUCUCUUCUUCUUGUUACCGUUCGGGAUCUGGUCGUUUCUCAGUUUUAACCGGCGCUGCGCUUGUUGCGUUGUUCGAAUUGCCUCUGAUUUGAAGAAUUAGCGUUCAUCUGGCGGAUAAAGGGGAGAAACAUGAUUUCAAGGUCUUACACAAAUCUUUUAGAUUUGGCUUCUGGAAAUUUUCCAGCAAUGGAAGUGAAAAGGAAGCGGUUCCCGCGGGUCAUGACUGUUCCGGGUAAUGUAGCUGAGCUUGACGAUGAUCAGGCCUACAGUGUGACAUCUGAAAACCCGUCGUCAAUUUCCUCAGAUCGGAUGAUAAUUGUAGCAAACCAGCUUCCUUUAAGAGCAAAGCGAAGGGAGGAUGAUAAUUCCUGGAGUUUCAGUUGGAAUGAAGAUUCGUUGCUUUUGCAGCUUAAAGAUGGGUUACCAGAAGAUAUGGAGGUUCUUUAUGUCGGUUCUCUGAAAGUCGAUAUCCAACCGGACGAGCAAGAUGAGGUAUCCCAGAUUUUGUUGGAGAAAUUUAGGUGUAUUCCUACAUUUUUGCCUCCUGAUAUUUUGGAAAAUUUUUAUGAUGGUUUCUGCAAGAGGAAUUUGUGGCCUCUUUUUCAUUAUAUGCUGCCAUAUUCUGCUGAUCAGAAGGGUCGAUUUGAUCGCUCGAUGUGGGAAGCAUAUGUAUCAGCAAAUAAGUUAUUUUUCCAGAAAGUUGUAGAAGUCAUCAACCCUGAUGAUGACUAUAUCUGGAUCCAUGAUUACCAUUUGAUGGUAUUGCCUACUUUCUUGAGAAGACGUUUUAACAGAGUUAAAAUGGGGUUUUUCCUUCAUAGUCCAUUUCCUUCAUCUGAGAUCUACCGCACCCUUCCUGUCAGAGAAGAGAUUCUCAAGGCAUUACUUAACUCUGAUAUCAUCGGAUUUCACACUUUCGAUUAUGCUCGCCAUUUCCUUUCUUGUUGCAGCCGAAUGUUGGGUUUGGAAUACCAGUCAAAAAGGGGCUAUCUUGGAUUGGAAUACUACGGUAGGACGAUUGGAAUAAAGAUAAUGCCCGUUGGUAUUCAUAUGAAUCGGAUUGAAUCGGUGAUGAAACUUGCAGACGAGGAUGCUAAGACUAGGGAACUCACGCAGCAAUUUGCAGGGAAGACGGUGGUGCUUGGUGUUGAUGAUAUGGACAUUUUCAAAGGUAUUAACUUGAAAUUGUUAGCCAUGGAACAGAUGCUAAAGCAACAUCCAAAGUGGCAGGGAAAGGCUGUACUGAUCCAAAUUGUAAACCCUGUCAGAGGCAAGGGAAGAGAUUUACAGGAAAUAGAAGAUGAAAUAAAAGAAAGCUGCAGAAGGAUCAAUAAGGAGUAUGGGCAUCCUGGUUAUGAGCCGAUAGUACUUCUCGACCGGCACGUGCCAAUUACUGAAAGGGUUGCUUAUUAUAGCAUUGCUGAGUGCGUAGCAGUCACUGCUGUUAGAGAUGGCAUGAACUUAACUCCUUAUGAGUAUGUUGUCUGUAGGCAGGGAAUAUCCACCUCUCAAAAAUGCUUGAACUUCAGCGGACCAAAAAAGAGCAUGCUCGUCAUAUCCGAAUUUAUCGGGUGUACUCCAUCACUGAGCGGAGCAUUUCGUGUCAACCCAUGGAAUGUUGAAAGUACAUCAGAGGCUUUUAAUGAAGCAAUCUCAAUGGCUGAUUCAGAGAAGCAGCUGCGACAUGAGAAGCAUUAUCGUUAUGUUGCUACACACGACGUGGCUUAUUGGUCUCGUAGUUUCUUGCAAGACAUGGAGAGAACUUGCUCAGAACAUUUCAGGAGACGAUGUUGGGGAAUUGGUUUUAGUUUCGGAUUCAGGGUUGUAGCUCUUGAUCCCAAUUUCAGAAAACUUUCAGUAGAUGCCAUUGUAUCAUCUUACAGUCGGGCCGAUAGUCGGGCCAUUCUUUUGGACUAUGAUGGCACUGUGAUGCCCCAAAACUCCAUAAACAAGUCACCGAGCGAACAGGUUAUCUCUAUCCUUAACACGCUUUGUGCAGAUGCAAAAAAUGUCGUCUUCAUUGUGAGUGGACGAGGAAGGGACAGCUUAAGCAAGUGGUUUCGCCCAUGCAAGAAGCUUGGAAUUGCAGCAGAACAUGGAUAUUUCUUGAGGCAGUCACAAAAUGAGGAGUGGAAGAUCUGCGGCCAAAAUUCUGAUUUCGGAUGGAUGCAGAUAGCCGAACCUGUUAUGAAAUUAUACACCGAGGCUACUGAUGGUUCAUCAAUCGAACGAAAGGAAAGUGCUUUGGUUUGGCAGUAUCGAGAUGCUGAUCCUGGCUUCGGAUCGUCCCAGGCGAAGGAGAUGUUGGAUCAUUUAGAGAGUGUUUUGGCAAACGAACCUGUUGCAGUCAAAAGCGGCCAAUUUAUUGUAGAAGUGAAACCACAGGGGGUUACCAAAGGCCUAGUGGCUGAAAAAAUCUUCUCAUCAAUGGCGGAGGAUGGGAAUCACGCCGACUUCGUGUUGUGUAUUGGCGACGACAGAUCGGACGAGGACAUGUUUGAAAUAAUUGGCAACGCGUUGUCCAGUAAUAAUAUUCUUUCUCCAACGGCGUCAGUUUUUGCCUGCACUGUUGGGCAAAAGCCAAGCAAAGCCAAAUAUUACUUGGACGACACAGCUGAAGUAAUAAGCAUGCUUGAAUACCUGGCCGAAGCUUCUAGCCCAUUGCCAUCCUCUGAAGAUGAAGAAGAAGGUCAAAACGCUUCUUGAAAGUUUGAAACCAAACCCCAUAUCCAUGUCGCUGUUUUGGGACAUGAAGAUCGAAGAUCAAGUGGGAAAUUUUGUACAAGAAGAAGCUGGGUGGUGAUGAUGAAUUGGAUACUUUAUUUACUUUCUAUAGUCCCAUUUUCCUUUCAGCUUUUCAUGUUAGUUUUUAACUAAAAAGAAGAAAUCAUUGACCCUGGUUUCAAACCGACGAGCUUUUUCAAGACGGUGGAAGAGUUCUGUUAAAAGAAGUCGAUCAGCGUGGCUUUGAACUGCGAACUACUGAACGGGAAGAACUCGUCGGAUUGGAAUGCUCUGUUGACUGUACUGACUUUGGAAAUAUAAUGUGGAUAGUUAAGAUGCGAGAAUAAGUAGCUAAUUUAGCUGCGUCGUUGUGUUAGGAUAGGCUAAUGAGGCCGAGCUCGCUCGGCUUAUUCGAGAGGGUUUCUAAUAUGAAGAAUAUAAUUUCAUUUUGUACAUGUAUUUCUUUUCUUCCU